AGUCUUGUGACUGGUUUGACAUCAGGCAGGAAAGCUUUUUUUUUUUUUCAAGAUAGUUUGCUGCAGAGUUGUGGGAAACCGUAUGAUUUGGGGUCAAAAAGAGGAAAAUUAGCUAAGAUGACGAAGAUAUAAAACGUAAUUAAAUUCAGGCUGCCUCGCAGUCUCAGUUGUUGCCGAAUCAACAAGCAGGGAAUUUGGGGGGAAAGUUUGCCGCAGCACAUCUAAGACAGGCGUUGAUUGAACUUUUACGUUUUUUCGUUUUUCUUUGGUCCUUAAUAUAUUUUUUUUGUUUGCCAAAGAAAAAAAAAACGAAGACUGAAUUCAUUCUUGUGUGCCAGUAUUUGAAAAACAGUCGGUCAUGGCUAGCAAGCCACUUUUGCAAGAAAGACCCCCUGCUUAUGCCGCCGUGCAGGGUGACUACGACUACGGACAGCAGCAUAAUUAUGGCGCUAUUCCUCCGCCUGCACCAGCGCCACCACCGCCUGGCUUCCAUCAGCCGCCUCCUCCUCCGUACUACACAGGCGGUCAGGGCUAUGCCCAACCAGCAGCGGUGCUGCCACCUGUUGCCCAGCAACCAGACUUUUCCAACACAUAUACCAUCAUCCAACCCUCUGUAGUGGUAGUGGGGGGCUGUCCGGCAUGCAGAGUGGGUGUGCUGGAGGAUGAUUUCACCUGCCUGGGGAUCUUGUGUGCCAUCGUUUUCUUCCCAAUUGGAAUCCUGUUUUGCCUGGCAUUGCGUCAGAGGAGAUGUCCAAACUGUGGCUCUACCUUUGGUUAAUGGGAUCAAACUGGCUCUCCUGACUCUGAGUCCAGCUUUAGCGUACUGUUCUUCAUUUUUUUUUUACUAUGAAAUUGAUCACGAUUUUCAUGUAAAUGCCAUGACUGUCCUUCCUACUGUGUUAUCUCAAAUAGCUGUAAUGGACAGGCAAUACAAAAGUGAUUACAUGUUUAUUCAUAUGCAUGUAUUGCUGUUUUUUUUUUUUUUUUUUUUUUUUUUUAAAUCUUUCAAUAAUCAUGAAUUCCUGUUGAAAUCAACACAUCACAGUGCAAGUUGCUUUUGCAGUCAAAGGUGCCUUUUGAAAAUGUACAAAAAAACAAAACAGCUCUAAAUGCUGAAAGUUUUAUUUUAUGAUUGACUUAUUUUGCCAUUUAGAAAUCAUGCCCUUAUGUUUAAUAGGCAGUAUAAAUGUCUUUGAUGGCACAAUGGUCUUGGGCUAAUUCCCAUCCUAAGAUUUUAUUUAUUUUUUUCCCCUCAUAUGUUUAAUUUGUAUUUUGAUUAAUGUUUAAUAUCAAUUCCCUAUUUAUCACAUGGUAGAACAUUUUCUUGCUGUUCAGUUAGAAUAUGCAAUGUGAGUUGUAUCACUUGGGCUGGUGGUCAUACAACUCAAAUUGCUUGAAAACGCAGUGGUUAAUUU